AGCUCUCGGUGACGGCGUUGAACUGCAGCAGACUAAGACUUUAUCGCAGCGCCAUAACUCUCCUGUAUCUGAUCGCCUGCCGGGGGAAACAGGAUGGGACCUUCUCUCUGGGCGGGACUUAAAGUUUGGUGAAUUGUUUCAAAAAUCCACUUUUCUUUCAUUUUUGCUCCCCGUGUGAGUAGCAGUCACCGGCUCUCUGUGUUCUGAACAGCUGGACAGCGACCAGUCGGCGUGAUGGUCCUCUUCAAGUUUUUGUGUGCGAUCAUCACCAGGGGCUUAUUCAUCCUGCUGUCCCUGAUCGGAGUGUGGAGGGUGACAUGGGUGAAGAAAGACCCCAUUUACUGGUUGCUGACUUUGCUGUUUUUACCGCUUGUUGUUGAAAUGAUAAUAACGCUGAGGCAACGAAAGGGACAGGAUUACAAAUGGUUUUCUCCACCUAUCUUUGUGUUUCUGUUAAGUAUCAUUCCCACCAUCUGGAUCCUGGAGCUCAACCACCAGGAAGACAAAUCUAGUGACCCACAGUGCAACAAGCUCAACUCCUGGGAGAAUUUGCGUCGAGUGAUCCACCUGAACGAGUCCAUGGUGAUGAAAAACGCCACAAUCGACUACCUGGCCAGUGUAAACCAGAUCUUUAACACCGUCUGCUCCAAUGAUUGGAUCCUGGCUCUUCACCAGAUCCUGCUCAUCCUCCUCAUUUUGGGGAAGUGGCUCCUACCACUGGGUGGUGGGGUCACAAGAGAUGAGCUGUCUCAGCUUCUUCUAAUUUUUGUUGGCACCGCGGCAGACAUUCUGGAGUUUACCAGUGAGACGCUGUCAGAUGUCAAAGAGAGCAGUCCUCAGCUGGUCUACAUCAUCCUAGCUGUGUGGACCUGGAGCAUGCUGCAGUUCCCCCUACAUCUGGCUGUUGUGAACUCCAAGCAAGAUGAGGAUGUCAGUCCGGGAGUCCAGGAGGGUUCCCUCUUGUCUAAACACAGCACUGACAUUUGGAGCAUCGUGGAGGCCUUGUUCAUCCAGGAUGGCCCUUUUCUGGUGGUCAGGCUCACCGUCAUGUUCCACUUCAAAGUCUUCCACCAAAUGCUCUGCUUCUUUGCCAUAAAGAAUUUUCUAGUUGUCAUACUGAACAUGUACAGGUUGCUCGUUAUAUUCCAGGACUUCAGAUCGUCCAGGCAAAGCAGUGGUAAUGGCAACCCUGUCCUCUGAUUCAGACAGGUCAACUACAGGAGUAGAUGGGACUCUGAGAGACGUAGGGGCCCAGCAUUUUAAAGGAAAAAAAGGAAAUGCUUGCUUUCUGUUUUCUUCUCACUCUAUCCUAUUUGGAAUCAAGAUAUCAGUGAGUAUCACUGACAGUAGAAGAAAGCUUUUAGCAACCAUUUGAUGAAGUUUCCAAGUUCACAAUCUGCACUUGACUGCCUAGAAUCCAAAUAGUUUCAAAGCUCGGCCAUUGCAAUUUCAGUCUCUCUGUCAGCUCAACUAACAGCAUUACAUUUUAUUAAGAAGCCCUGCUUCCAAAAUAAAUAAAGCAGGGCAGAACAGGAAAAAGGUGUGGGGUCCCAAGUAAAAAAUGUCUUGAAAUAAAUAAUGCACAUUACAAAGCUUGUCAACAUUGGGCAUUGACUUCUUUACAAAAAAAAAGUGCAACAUUUUCAGGCAGUAGUAGAAACCAGCCAACUAAUGCGACAAGAAUUUGGCAGAUUUUAAUCAGCGUGACUUCUCGUCUGAGUGGAAGUGAGGGCAGCGGGGACAGGAAGAGAGGACAGAGAUAUAAUGGAUUACCAGGAGGGUGUGAAGUGUUAGCUGAGAUUGAAGGAGAGAAAAUUCCUCAUCUAGACCCAGUCAGGAAGUUAAGACUGAUAUCGAAAUGUAUCCUGUUAUGUUAGAGAGAACCAGUUGGACAAGACUGGAUCAUCUUUCUAAUCAUUCGCUUUUGGCAUCUCAUGGAUAACCGCUCUUUGGAAUGCUUUUCACAAGAUAAAACCAUGAUUGUACUGAUUCAUAUCUUCGUGUCAUUCUAUGCUUACAUUUACUCUGAUGAGAAAAUAAAGAGACUAAAAGCACAUAAAGCUGCACUCAGGCAACAAGCUUUGCUGGAGCUGCAUGUGUGUAUGUGGCGCUUUUAAAAGGAAUUUACAUGAAGGCAAUUUAGGAUCUCAACUCAACUCAACAACAUCGUUAUAUCCUGUGUCUUGUACUUACCUUAUAAUAGUCUCGUUAUAUCUUAAUGUGGCUUUCUUGUAUAAUCUCUGCUCAUGUCCACAAAGCAAAGUUAUCCGAUGUCCAUGUUUCAUUUAUCAUCUUAAAUGUUUUUUUGUUUCUUUUUUUUUUCGUUUGUUUGGUGGUUUUUUUGUUAGUUUUUUUUUUUUUUGGCUCAAAGAAUAUAAAAUGUGACACCUGC